GGACGCCUCGAGCGCCGGCUUCCGGGACGAAGUCAUGGAUCAUGAGUCGCUGGAUCGGACCACGGACGUGGUGCUCAGCGCGGGCGCCGGGGCCAAGAUUGAGGCCCACUCGCAGGUGCUGGCGCUCCGCAGCGGGGUGUUCCGGAGGCUGUUCGCUGACCUGGGCAUGGGCAGCCCCGAGAGCAAGAUGGAGGUGCCGCUGGGGGACGGCACAGCGCCAAGGGAGCUGGUGGAGCUGAUGAGGUGCCUGUACAGCAGGAAUGUCCGAGUAGACGACCCUGCACAUGCCGCCCGCAUUGUCCACAUGGCCGAAAAGUUCGACAUACCCUUCCUGUUCGAGGUGGUCGAGGAGUUCAUGUGUGCCCCAGGCUGCCUCCUGCACUGUGCAGGCUUCCCUGUGGGCGUCAAACUGUGGAGCCACAUCCAGAGCGGCAGUUUGCAAGCCAAACGGGGGGACUGCAGGGAUGCAGUGGCUUGGCUGGACACGGCCAGCCGUCUGUCGAUGCAUGACCUGCGCAGGAAAUGCAUUGUGGUCAUCAUAAAGUUUCUCACGGGGGUGUCUACCGUCCAGGAACAGGAGGUAGUCAAGAGGGAGAUGGUGAAACAGGGUGUCCAGACCUCUGACAUUUUCGACAUACUGCAGGCGGCCCUGAAGGUGACUAUCAGCGGCGUCACCGUGAGCCCAUCAGGGGCCUGUCAGUGUGGGGGGACCAUUUCGCCGGGGGAAAACGUGUGCUUCCACUGUGCAAACAGUGUUGUGCGCAACAUGCAGGUGUGGGCAGGGGUGAGUCCACACUAG